UAAUUGGUUUCAAUCUGCUAGUACGUGGUUCUCAUUCAAGCCAGGAAUCAGAACAAGCACAAAUUAAGCUACUUAAUUGUAUUUCAUCUCUUCAUUAAUCCAUGUACAUCACAUUCUUUAAUACACCAAAUAACUGAGGAUGAUGGGGUUUUUGAACUUUUAUUUCCAUCUUUUGCUCGUCAGUAGUACUAUUUUCAUCUUAGUUGCUGCCAAAAAUGAAGCAAGUACCGACUUAGACCCAAAGAACCAUAAUAUAGCUGUUAAAGUUGGUUUAAUUCUUGAUUUCAACUCAUCCACCGGUUUUCUAGCCAAUUCUUGCAUAUCCAUGGCGCUAUCCGAUUUCUACUCUAUAAAUCCGCAUUACACUACAAGGUUGGCUUUACACCCCAAGAAUUCCCAUGAUGUUCUUACUGCAGCUUCAUCAGCUCUGGAAUUGGUGAAUGAAGACCAAGUGGAUGCAAUUAUUGGGCCUCAAUUUUACAAAGAAGCUAGACUUGUUGCAGAAAUUGGAGGGAAAGCUCACGUGCCAGUCAUCUCAUUUUUAGUGACAAGCUCAUCACUUUGGUCUUCACAGACUCCUUAUUUCGUUCAGACCACAGUGCCUGAUUCCUCUCAACUGGAAUGUAUUACUUCCCUUGUCCAGCAAUUCGGGUGGCAGGAUAUUGUUGUGCUUUAUCAGAAUGAUACAGAAGAAGAGUCUGGUAACAAUUUCAUGCCUUCUCUGACCGAAUCCUUUCAGCAAGCAAGUAUUCGUAUUUCAUACGUGUUUGCGAUUUCAUCUUCUGCCAGUAUAUCUCAUAUAGAGAAACAGCUAAGACACUUGAGAAGUAUGCAGACUCGGGUAUUUCUUGUUCACGUGACCUCUCCUGAUCUAGCUUCUCGGCUGUUUUAUCUUGCAAAUAAGGUCGAAUUAAUGAACAAAGGAACCGCAUGGAUCAUCACUGACGCUUUAUCCAGUUCACUAAGCUCCUUGGAUGCCACAGCUAUUGAGUCCAUGGAAGGCGUUCUAGGCGUAAGGCCUUUCAUUCCUAAAUCAAAAAAUCUGAAAAAUUUUAAAAUCAGGUGGAAUAGUUUUUUGCUGACGCAGCAGGAUCAGCCUAACUAUACAGAAAAAUAUGCAAGCAGUUUUAAUACGUUUUGUCUGCGGGUUCAUGACACAGUUUGGGCAUUAGCCACAGCAGUAGAGAAGAUUCAGUUGCCUGAAGUGAAGAAGAGCCCUGAGAUAUUAAAUGCAUCAAGCUCUGCCAUCACAAAUUUAAGAAUCUUGGAGGCAGGCCCAAGACUUGUCAAAGAAAUCUUGAAAACCAAUUUUGUUGGCUUAAGCGGAGAAUUCAAGUUGAACGGUGGGCAAUUAGAAACUCCUGUUUUUCAAAUAAUUAACAUAGCUGGUGAUGGUGAAAACGGAGAUAGAACUGUUGGGUACUGGACACAAGGAAGGGGGUUCAGCAGAAGAAUAGCGAGUGCCGCUGGAAAAGGUCAGAUGGUAGUUUAUUCGAAACGAGUUGAUCAAGUUCUCAGACCAAUCAUUUGGCCUGGAGACUCGACGGAGAAGCCCAAGGCAUGGGACGUACCAGGAAAUGUGGUAAAGCUAAGAGUAUUGGUUCCGAAAAAAUCAAGUUUUACUGAAUUUGUGAAAGCACAAGAAGAUAACCGCACCAAGAAUACAUAUAAUGUGACUGGAUUUUCAAUAGAUGUUUUCAAAGCUGUUUUGCAUGCAUUGCCGUUCGAGGUUGAAGCUGAAUUUUAUCCUUUCGUUAAUGACAAAGGUGAAAGUAACGGAACAUAUAACGAACUAGUUAAGAAGCUAAAUGGCUCCAAGGCUCCGGAUGCAGUUGUUGGAGAUGUAACGAUAAGGGCUAAUCGCGAAGAAUAUGUUGAUUUCUCACUUCCAUAUUUAGAGUCUGGUGUGGUGAUGGUGGUAAGAGCUGAACCCGACAGGCUGAAAAACAUAUGGAUAUUUAUGAAGCCAUUGAGCUGGGACCUUUGGCUCAGCAUUGUUGCUGCUGCAAUCUUCAUCGGAGUUGUGCUACGGAUGUUGGAGCGCCGCCUAAAACCCCAAAACCAGCUUGGCAUGCUCUUCUUGUUCCCAUUAGCGGCUUUAGCCUUUCCUGAAAGGAACAUGGUGGGAAACAAUUGGGCAAGAUUUGUGCUGGUAGUAUGGUUGUUCCUGUCGUACAUACUAAUGCAGAGUUACACCGCAAAUCUAUCCUCAAUAUUAACGGUGGGUCAGCUGAGAGUUUCUACAGACAUCCCUCCUUGUGCAGGUUAUCAAGAAAAUACUUUUGUCAUCGAAAUUCUGAAGAAGUUAAGAAUUAAUGGCACCAGUUAUUCGAGCAUGGAGGACUAUGAUAAGGCCCUUUCUCUUGGUUGCGAAAAUGGAGGAGUUGACGCCAUUUUCGAUGAAAUUCCCUACAUGAAACUGUUCCUUCACAAAUACGGUUCCAAAUAUAAGAUGGUCGGAAGUACUUACAGUACCGGUGGAUUUGGCUUUGCAUUUCCGACUGGAUCUCCUUUAGCUAAGCCCGUGUCAGAGGCAACAUUACGGGUAAUGGAGAAGGGAAGCAUCCAACAGCUUGAGAAGACAUAUUUUGGACAGGGAUACACCACCCAAUAUGCAGGAGAAGAUAUAUCAAGAGAUAGUCCAAGUCUCACUUCGUACAACUUUGUCGGCCUUUUUGCUGUCACCGCAUUCCUUACGCUCCUUGCAUGGGGUUGCUUCGAAUGCUCGUUUAUUAUUUCCAGAUACCGCGACCGGAAUGCUGCGAUUUCAAGAGUUCAGUCUAUUGAGAUGACUCAGGAUGCUUCAGCUGAGAAUGACCAACAAGAUUUCAAGGAGGGUGAGUUUUUAAGCCAGGAAGAAAGCAACCAACAAGUAGUACAAGAUCACACGAGUAUUAACAUUGAUCAUGGUGCUGGAUCAUAAAUUAAAGUUCAUGCAUGCAGCAUGCAUACACGUUCGGUAAAUGGUAGUACUGAUUACGUACUUAGAACUCUGACUUUUUAUUUGUGUAUAGUGUACAUUUUAUUCAGUUGAAGGACGGAAUCUGCAACUCUGUUCAAGAUCCUGAACUUUAAAUGAAAUUAUGAUCAUAAAAUUUAAGUACCUGGUUCUUCAUAUGCAAAAUUUUCUUUCAAACAUACGAUGCAAUCAUAUGUAACCCAACUCUUGUACAUGAAAAACAACUCACU